AUUAAAUCUCCAGACAAAUAUAUUGUCUGACACCCAAUCAUGUGUUUAUUUAAUGAAUAAGUUAAGUAAAAAAUAUCAAAACUGAUAUGUCAGGCUACCAAAGACAAACUUCAAGAAUUGUAAUCCACAAAUAUGGCUGAUGUUUCUGUGUAAGUAUUAAACUGAACCUUUGGGAAACGUUAAUUAUGCUUCAAGCAGUAUUGGUAGAAUUAACGUUAUAGUGUCAUCCCGAAGAAGGAUGCCUUUAGCAAAUGUCAGUUUGGUUACUUGAAAUCGGUACUAGUUCACUUGGACUGGCAAGUUCCCUUGCCCUGCACCAGUUGUCUUCUGAAGAAGCUGGGUACAAAGGGUAACUCGGGUUUGCCUGAGAGUGUGUAGUGAAUGAUUAGGCCUCUGGGUGUCGCUGUUGACCACACAAGAAGAAAAGGAGCCGCUGAAGCGGUGUCCACCAUUUCUCUGCGGCAAAGCAACACUAAGAACAGUCUUGAGGAGACAGAAGCGGCCUCACCACAUCAUCGGGCAAUUCUGUGAUGUGUGAAUUAAGUCCAUGAAAGAUUUAACUACUUGAGGGGGUAAGGCUGGGACCCAUCGUGGGAAUCAGAAGGAAGGAAAAAAACAGGAAAGGAAAUGAUCCGCCUGGGACAAGGAACCGCCGGAGCUUUGCUGUGCGCGCUCCUGGGGACGCUGUGCGCGGCUGGCUCCAGGCAGAUCCGCUACUCGGUGCCGGAGGAGCUGGACAAAGGCUCCUUCGUGGGCGACAUCUCCAAGGACCUAGGGCUGGAGCCCCGAGAGCUGGCGGAGCGCGGAGUCCGCAUCAUCUCUAGAGGUAGGUCUCAGCUUUUCUCUCUGGACCCGCGAAGCGGGAGCUUGGUCACCGCGGGCAGGAUAGACCGGGAGGAGCUGUGCGCCCAGAGCGCUUCCUGUCUUGUGAGCUUUAACAUCCUUGUGGAGGAUAAGCUGAAAAUAUUUGAGGUAGAAGUUGACAUCAGCGACAUUAAUGAUAAUGCUCCUAGUUUUCCAACGGAGGAAUUGGAAAUAAAAAUUGGUGAACUAACAGUUCCUGGAACCCGAUUUCCACUUAAAACUGCCUUUGACCCAGAUGUGGGCAUGAACUCCCUGCAAAACUAUAGGCUUAACGCCAAUGACUACUUCUCCUUGGCUGUGAACAGCGUCAUCGAUGACGCCAAGUACCCAGAGCUAGUGCUGGAGCGAGCCCUGGAUCGUGAGAAAAAGGCGGUCCACCAGCUUGAUCUCAUUGCCUCUGACGGCGGAGACCCAGUCCACACCGGGAAGUUGUGCAUCCAGGUGAUAGUCGUGGAUGCAAAUGACAACCCACCCGUGUUUACUAAGCCAGAGUACCAUGUCAGUGUUCUGGAAAAUGUGCCAGUGGGCACUCGGCUGAUCACAGUGAACGCCACUGAUCGUGAUGAGGGAUUCAAUGCUCAAGUGUCCUAUAUUCUGGAUAAAAUGCCUGGGAAAGUUGCUCAGCUUUUCCAUCUCAAUUCAGUGACUGGAGACAUAUCAAUAUUAAAAAGCCUUGAUUAUGAGGACGCUGUGUUCUAUGAAAUCAAAAUUGAAGCACAAGACGGACCAGGUCUUUUUUCAAGAGCCAAGAUUCUUGUCACCGUUCUGGAUGUGAACGACAACGCCCCGGAAGUCUCAGUCACUUCCCUCACAGGCUCAGUCCCAGAGGAGGCUCCCGCUGGAAGAGAAAUCGCACUUAUCAAUGUACAUGACCGAGAUUCUGGUCAGAAUGGGCAAGUCACAGUUUUUGUCCUGGGAAAUCUGCCCUUUACUCUAGAAAAAUCAAUAGACCAAUACUACCGCCUAGUGACAGCCAGAUCUCUGGAUCAUGAGGAGGUAUCUCAAUAUAAUAUCAGUCUAAGAGCCACCGAUGGGGGAAGUCCACCAUUGUCUACGGAAACUCAUAUCACUCUGCAUGUGUCAGACAUCAACGACAACCCUCCGGCCUUCACACAUGCCUCCUAUUCUGCCUAUAUCCCAGAAAACAAUGCUAGAGGAGCCUCCAUCUUCUCUGUUACAGCACAGGACCCAGACACUGACGAGAAUGCACAAGUCACUUACUCACUAGCUGAGGACACCCUGCAGGGGGCGCCACUGUCAUCGUAUGUCUCCAUCAACUCCAACACUGGUGUCCUGUAUGCUCUUUGCUCCUUUGACUAUGAGCAAUUUAGAGACCUGCAGUUACAAAUAACAGCCAGAGACAGUGGGAUCCCUCCACUCAGCAGCAACGCGACGCUGAGCCUGUUUGUGCUGGACAAGAACGACAACAUGCCUGAAAUUCUGUAUCCUGCCCUCCCGGUAGAUGGUUCCACUGGGGUUGAGUUGGCACCCCGCUCUGCAGAGCCUGGAUACCUGGUGACCAAGGUGGUGGCAGUAGACAAAGAUUCAGGACAGAACGCCUGGCUCUCCUACCGCCUGCUCAAGGCCAGCGAGCCAGGGCUCUUCUCUGUGGGACUGCACACGGGCGAGGUACGCACAGCUCGGGCCAUGCUUGACAGAGAUGCCCUCAAGCAGAGCCUAGUGGUGGCCGUGCAGGACCACGGCCAGCCGCCUCUCUCAGCCACAGUCACACUCACCAUAGCAGUGGCUGACAGCAUUCCUGACAUCCUGGGGGACCUGGAAAGCAUCCAUACCCCUGCUAACCCCCACAAUUCAGACCUGACGCUGUACCUGGUGGUGGCAGUGGCUGUGGUCUCCUGCAUCUUCCUGGCCUUUGUCAUUGUGCUGCUGGCACUCAGGCUGCGGCGCUGGCACUCACAGCGCCUGCUCCAGGCUCCAGGGAGCGGAUUGGCUGGCGUACCAGCCUCUCACUUUGUGGGUCUAGACGGGGUGCAAGCUUUCCUGCAGACCUAUUCCCAGGAAGUUUCGCUUACCGCAGGCUCUAGGAAGAGUCACCUGAUCUUCCCACAACCCAACUACGCAGACACGCUCAUCAGCCAGGAGAGCUGUGGGAAAAGCGAGCCCCUUAUAAUACCUCAAGAUUUACUUGAAACAAAAGAAGACCCCACGCUGCCUGAGGAGUUCAUUUCUUUGAGCGUUAUGAGCAGUUAUGCCAGUGUGGUUCUUGUAAGAUCUUAAUACACAUUUAUCUGAGAAGUAAAGCAACAAUGUAGCUGUACAUUCUGUUUUCUCUACCUGUGUCCCACUUGCCUGUGAGUGCACUGUACACCUCCUGGCCUUGGUAUGGCUGAGUGGGCCAGGUAGCUAGAUCUGGCCAGUACAUUCCACUUAUGGAGUAAACAUGGUCACUAUGAGAGUUCCAGGUCUUUCCUGUAACCUUUGGAGAGUGUGGUUGCCCCUUCUACCUGAGCCCCCCAGUGCCUGUAAUGAGAGGAGAGCCGUGCAGUUGACCCAACAGCGGCCCACACACCUGUGAUAAAUGGACCUUUCACAAUUUUGUCCUCAUUGUUCGAGUGCUGGGAUAGAACCCAGUGUCUUGACACAUGUUGAUCAUCUGCUGGACCACUGAGCCUGCCUCAGCCUGUGUUUCCCAUUAUAAACCCAUGUGAUUUGAACAUUGUCACUCCUGGACCUCUAGCCUAUCCUGACUGACACAAACAACUGGGGGGAGGGAAAUACAAAGUAUUUUAUGCUCUAAUAAAUUGUGUGUCUGAACCUUUCCAAGUCACACCACAGUAUUUUCAUCAUAAAAACAUAAAAAUCAUAGGCUAGACAGUGGAAAAAAAUGGUAUAGCAGGACACUUACAGUUGCAGCUACCUCAGAAACUAUGGAGGUGGGACUCACUCAAGCCUAGAGUUCAAGACUAACCUUGUCAGCAUAGCAAGAACUGUCUCAAAAAGAAAAGUGGAGGUUUGUCAAAUGAUUAAAUGCCUGGUGACUAAAAUGUAUGCGUGUGUGUGUUCCUCUGAAGGUAGCAAGUUCAUUCCCUUAACUAUUAUGAGCCAUGAGCUGGUAUUUACCUCCAUUUCAGAAAGGUUUUUUAAACCUGUUAUGUAGCUGUAUCACUCCUGGAUACACCCAAGGGACUAUAAGUCAACAUAUCACAGAGAUACACACUUGCGCCUCAGCGUUUACUGCAGUGCUGUCCACAAUGACUAAGUAACCUAAGUGUGUCCAUCACUAAAGAAAUGAAUAAAGAAAAUGUGAUGUAUAGAUAUUUAUACAAUGGAAUAUUUCAGCCAUAAGAAAAAUGAAGCUUUGUCAUUUGCAGGAAAAUGAAUGCAGUUGUUGGUAAUUAAGCUGCCUUAAUUAAUUUUUAAAAAAAGAUAAG